AUGAGUAAAGAACCUGACAAAGAUAAAUCAAGUGUCGCAUCAGGGCUUGAUCUUAAUCGUGCUCCACCAUCCAUAUCACCAAUAUCAUUAUAUCAAGAAAUUUUACCACCAGACGGUAUUGAACAAGAAACAUUUAUUCAGCAAGUUCGUAGUGACAUAAUACGUAUAAAUGAUGUAAUGAAAACAAUAUCAAGUAUUUAUAAUCUUGAACUAAUUUAUAUUGAAUUAAUGAAAGAAGAUGGAGAAAAAUUAAAAACAAAUGAAGAAUUAUUUCAAGAAGCUUAUGAUGCACUUGAAAAAGCUGAUGAUAAUGAAGAAGAAGAAGAAGAAAAAGAAAAAGAAAAAGAAAUUGUAGAUUUAUUUAAAAGUGAUCGAAAAAAACAUCUUGGUGAUACAAGUAUUUAUGAUCCAGUUGCAUUAUUCGAUAAAAAUAUUCUCGUACCUGGAAAACCAAAUUUUACUCUUUCAUAUAAAUCGAAAACAUAUCGUUUUGCUAAUGAAGAUAAUCGAAGUUUAUUGUUACAAACACCACUUAAAUAUCUAACAAUGAAUAAACCACCAAAAUUACCUGCUAUGCGUAUAGUUAUUAUUGGACCUGAAGGUGCUGGUAAAAGUUUACAUGGACGUGAAUUAGCUAUGAAAUAUAAUACAUUUCAUAUAAAAUUUCGUGAUCGUUUACAAGAAUUAAUUAUUGGUAAAACGAAAAUGAAAAUAGGACCUGAAUAUAAUGAAACACGAGAUGAACCUGAUCCAGAAGAAGGAGGAGAACAAAAAGCAGAAAAACCAAUUGAUGAAACUGAAGAAUUAACAGCUGAAGAAGAAAAUAUUAAAGCAUAUUUACAAGAUGGUGAACUAUUAGCAUCUGAAAUUCUUGAUAAAAUUGUUAAACCAUGGUCGACAGAAGAACCAUUUCGUUCACGUAGUAUUGUUCUUGAAGGUUUUCCAUCAACAGAAGAUGAAACUGUUUAUAUGAUUGAUAAUCAAUGA